AUGUCUGAUGUAUUCCGUAAAGUAGGAAGAGGAGGCUCAGGUAACUUCUUUUCGAAAAAAGACGUAGAAGACGCCGAAAAGGCUAAGCCAGAGGACAUCGAGGCCCAAAAGACAGCCGACGUAGUCGCCGCUUCCUCCACAUCGCCGACGACGAGCGGCUACGUGCGCGCCGGCAGAGGGGGUUCGGGCAACUACGUGGAUCCCUCUUCUCUGCCCGGCGCCAAGCAGCAAGAGGAGCUCGCGAGCAAGACGCAGGCGGCUGUGAGUGCCAGCAUUGCGCGGUCGGCGAGGGGUGCUUCUGGACGCGGCGGCGCCGGCAAUUACACGGGCAGCCUACCUGACGCUGAGGCGACCGAUGAGGAGGUGAAGCGCAAGGAGGCGCUCGAGAAGAAGAUCAUUGAGGAUGUCGAGGCUGGCCUGCCCAUGCCGCCCAAAGCUUAUCAACACACUACGAAGAAGGAAGAGGAGGGUGCUUGA